CUUCCAUUUCCUUAAUCAACACAUUCACCAACUUCAGAUCUAUCACUCCAUGAGUCUCCGUCAGCGUCCGGUGCAGCCUCCGGGCGCCGGUCCGCCUCCCUAUGGAUCCAACAGGCCACGGACUCCUAAGCGUUCUCAAACCAAUAAGUCUUCAGAGACCUACAAUAUCAUCCCCAUUCAUAACCUACUCGCUGAUCACCCUUCCCUCAGAUAUCCCGAGGUACGUGCCGCCGCCGCCGCUCUACGCGCCGUUGGAGAACUGAGGAAGCCGCUUUUCGUGCAAUGGCGCGAAGACAUGGAUCUGCUUGACUGGCUCGGCGCCUUCUUUGGUUUUCAGCGCGACAACGUUAGGAAUCAGAGGGAGCAUCUGGUCCUUCACUUAGCCAACUCUCAGAUGCGGUUACAACCUCCGCCUGAGAACAUAGAUUGUCUUGACGCCAGUGUUCUCCGACGGUUUCGCCGCAAGUUACUCAAGAAUUACACUUCCUGGUGUUCAUACCUCGGACGGAAAUCCAAUGUCUGGAUCUCCGACAACGCGCGACGCGAUUCGGACUCACGUCGGGAAUUGCUUUAUGUAUCUUUGUAUCUUUUGAUUUGGGGUGAGUCUGCUAAUCUGCGUUUUGUUCCUGAAUGUAUUUGCUAUAUAUUUCAUAAUAUGGCUAUGGAACUGAAUAGAAUUCUAGAGGAUUACAUAGAUCAGAAUACAGGUCGGCCUGCUGAGCCAUCUAUUUCUGGUGAUAAUGCUUUUCUUAACAUGGUUGUGAAGCCAAUUUACGAUACUAUUAAAGCCGAGGUAGAGAACAGUAGGAAUGGUACUGCUCCUCAUUCAGCAUGGCGAAACUAUGAUGAUAUAAACGAGUACUUCUGGAGUAGAAGUUGUUUUAAGAAGUUGAAUUGGCCACUUGAUUUGGGUAGUAACUUCUUUGUUACCACGAGAAAAGGUAAUCGAGUUGGUAAAACGGGGUUUGUCGAACAGAGGUCGUUCUGGAACUUAUUUCGUAGUUUUGAUAAGCUUUGGAUUAUGUUGAUUUUGUUUCUUCAAGCAUCAAUCAUUGUUGCCUGGGACCGGGAUGAGUAUCCUUGGCAGGCAUUGCGUAGAAUUGAUGUUCAAGUUCAAAUUCUUACUGUCUUCUUAACUUGGAGUGGAUUAAGAUUUCUUCAAUCCCUUCUUGAUGUUGGGUUGCAGUACAGUCUUGUUUCAAGACAGUCUUUCUUAAGUGGAGUCAGGCUGGUAUUGAAGAUCGUUGUUGCUGCAGGCUGGAUUGUGGUUUUCAUUGUUUUCUAUAUCAGAAUUUGGAACCAAAAGAAUCUUGACAGAGGUUGGUCUGGUGAGGCAAAAAAGUGUAUUCUGAACUUUCUCGAAGUUGCGCUAGUUUUCCUCGCACCCGAACUCCUCGCGCUUGCUCUCUUCCUUACACCCUGGAUAAGGAAUUUCGUCGAGAACAAGAACUGGAGGAUCUUUUAUAUGUUGUCGUGGUGGUUUCAAACUCGAAUAUUCGUGGGCCGUGGUCUUAGAGAAGGUCUCGUAGACAAUAUCAAAUACACUCUGUUUUGGAUUUUGGUUCUCAUCACCAAAUUUGCAUUCAGUUAUUUUUUACAGAUUAAGCCCAUGAUUACUCCGACAAUAACACUUCUUAAUCUUAAGAAUGUAACGUACGAGUGGCACGAAUUCUUCAGUAGCAGCAACAGGUUUGCGGUUGUGCUACUGUGGAUUCCUGUUGUUUUAAUAUACCUAUUGGAUUUGCAGAUUUGGUACUCAAUUUAUUCAUCGUUUCUUGGAGCAGCAAUCGGAUUGUUUGACCAUAUAGGCGAAAUACGAAACAUGCAACAGUUGAGAUUGAGAUUUCAGUUCUUUGCAAGUGCAAUCCAGUUUAAUUUGAUGCCUGAGGAACAGCUACUGAAUACAAUGGGGACUCUGAAGAGUAAGUUUAGUGAUGCUAUCAACAGACUGAAGUUGAGAUACGGGAUGGGCAGCCCGUUUAAGAAGCUUGAAUCUAAUCAAGUAGAAGCUAACAAGUUUGCUUUGAUAUGGAAUGAGAUAAUUACGAUAUUCCGAGAGGAAGACAUUGUUAGUGACCGCGAGCUUGAGCUUUUAGAACUUCCUCCCAAUACUUGGAAUGUGAGAGUAAUCCGUUGGCCUUGUGCUCUUCUCUGCAAUGAGCUAUUACUUGCUCUUGGUCAAGCUAAAGAGUUGAUAGAUGCACCAGACAAGUGGAUUUGGUAUAAGAUAUGCAAAAAUGAGUACAGGCGUUGCGCUGUAAUAGAAGCUUAUGACAGCAUCAGACACUUGCUGCUUGCGAUUGUCAAACGGGAUACAGAGGAGCACUCGAUUAUCACUGUCUUUUUCCAAACAAUCGAAAGCGCAAUUGAGAUUGAGAAGUUCACCAAGAUGUUUAAUAUGAAGGAGCUACCACAAAUUCAUGGGAAGUUGAAAACUCUUCUUGACCUCCUCAUGAAGCCUCAGAAAGAUGCGGGGAAGGUCAUAAAUAUCUUACAAGCACUCUAUGAGGUGGCCGUAAGAGAUUUUUAUAAAGGCGAAGGAAACAUCGAUCGGCUGAGGGAGGAAGGGUUGGCCCCUCGUCUGCGAGAUUCGGGCACCGGGCUGCUUUUCGAAAAUGCAGUCGAAUUGCCCGAUAGUUACGACGAGGCUUUUUAUCGCCAGGUCAGACGUUUGCACACGGUUCUGUUGUCUCAUGACUCAAUGCGAAAUAUCCCAAUAAAUCUUGAGGCUAGGCGAAGGAUUGCAUUUUUCAGUAACUCUCUUUUCAUGAACAUGCCGCAUGCUCCUCACGUAGAGAAAAUGAUGGCAUUUAGUGUCUUGACUCCUUAUUACAACGAAGAAGUAUUGUACAGCAAGGAACAGCUUCGAACCGAGAACGAAGAUGGGAUUUCCACGUUAUAUUAUCUUCAGACAAUCUAUGCCGACGAAUGGCAGAACUUUAUGGAGCGAAUGCGUCGAGAGGGAAUGACAAACGAUAAGGAAAUAUGGUCUGAAAAGCAGAGAGAUCUUCGGCUUUGGGCAUCGUAUAGAGGCCAGACUCUGUCUCGUACGGUUAGGGGAAUGAUGUACUACUACAGGGCACUCAAGAUGUUGGCUUUUCUCGAUUCUGCAUCGGAGAUGGACAUUAGACAUCCAUCGACAAGGAGUUCAAGUAAACAAGACAGUGCGGUUAAUUUGUUGUUUAAAGGCCACGAGUAUGGGACUGUACUAAUGAAAUACACUUACGUGGUUGCCUGCCAGAUAUAUGGGAAUCAAAAGGCUAAAAAAGAUCCGCGUGCAGACGAAAUCUUAUACUUGAUGAAGACCAAUGAAGCUCUUCGAGUGGCCUAUGUUGACGAGGUCUUGUCUGGUCGAGAUGAAAAAGAGUACUACUCUGUUCUUGUCAAAUACGAUCAAAAAGUUCAAAAAGAGGUGGAGAUUUACCGGGUGAGGUUGCCUGGUCUGUUGAAGCUUGGGGAGGGUAAACCCGAGAAUCAAAACCAUGCUAUUAUCUUCACUCGAGGUGAUGCAGUUCAGACUAUCGAUAUGAACCAAGACAACUAUUUCGAGGAAGCUCUGAAGAUGCGGAAUUUGUUGGAGGAGUUCAAAAUCUCUUAUGGUAUCAGAAAGCCAACUCUCUUGGGUGUUCGUGAGCACAUUUUUACCGGUUCGGUCUCAUCGCUUGCAUGGUUUAUGUCUGCUCAGGAAAUGAGUUUCGUCACCUUAGGACAGCGCGUAUUGGCUAACCCUUUGAAGGUUCGUAUGCACUAUGGCCACCCUGAUGUCUUUGAUCGGUUCUGGUUUCUUACCCGUGGUGGGAUUAGUAAAGCUUCGAGAGUGAUCAAUAUAAGCGAGGACAUUUUUGCUGGCUUCAACUGCACGUUAAGAGGUGGUAACGUUACUCAUCACGAGUACAUCCAAGUUGGCAAGGGAAGGGACGUGGGAUUGAAUCAGAUAUCCAUGUUUGAGGCGAAGGUUGCUAGUGGAAAUGGUGAGCAAGUGCUAAGCCGGGAUGUAUAUCGGUUGGGACACAGGCUGGACUUCUUCCGAAUGUUGUCGUUUUUCUACACAACAGUUGGAUUCUUUUUAAACACCCAGAUGGUUAUUCUGACCGUUUAUGCUUUCCUUUGGGGUAGACUCUAUUUGUCUCUAAGCGGGGUCGAAGAUUCUUCUACGGCGAGCGAUAUUGCCAACAACAACAAAGCGCUCGCUGCUAUCCUGAACCAGCAGUUCAUCAUUCAACUCGGCUUCUUCACAGCCUUGCCAAUGAUUGUUGAAAAUUCUCUCGAGCACGGUUUCCUUGGAUCCAUAUGGGAUUUCAUGACGAUGAUGCUUCAACUCUCGUCGGUUUUCUAUACGUUCUCAAUGGGAACUCGCGCUCAUUACUUUGGCAGGACGAUUCUUCACGGCGGUGCGAAAUACAGAGCAACUGGACGCGGGUUCGUGGUGCAGCAUAAAUGUUUUGCCGAGAAUUAUAGACUUUAUGCUCGAAGUCACUUUGUGAAGGCGAUUGAAUUGGGACUGAUACUUGUUGUUUAUGCCUCUUACAGCCCGAUAGCCAAGGGAACUUUUGUCUACAUAGUUUUGACAAUCUCGAGUUGGUUCUUGGUUGUAUCGUGGAUAAUGGCUCCUUUUGUGUUCAAUCCUUCCGGGUUCGAUUGGCUGAAGACUGUUUACGACUUCGAGGAUUUCAUGGGCUGGAUAUGGUACAGUGGAGGUAUAUUUGUGAAAUCCGAGCAAAGUUGGGAAAAAUGGUGGCUUGAAGAGCAAGACCAUCUUAGGACAACAGGUCUAUGGGGAAAGGUGCUGGAAAUCAUAUUAGACCUUCGGUUUUUCUUCUUCCAGUAUGGAAUUGUAUACCAGCUAGGCAUUGCUGCUCAGAGUAAAAGCGUUGUUGUGUAUCUCCUCUCGUGGAUUUACGUUGUUGUUGCUGUCUUUCUCUUUUUGGUGAUAGCAUAUGCCCGCGACAAAUACGCAGCAAAAGAUCACGUUUAUUAUCGGAUGGUGCAAUUCCUUCUUAUUAUCUCUGGUGUUCUUGCUAUCAUCGCCUUGUGGGAGUUCACCCAUUUCAAAAUCGGUGAUCUCUUCACGAGUUUGUUGGCGUUUCUUCCUACCGGAUGGGGUAUCAUCUUGAUUGCGCAAGUGCUACGCCCGUUUAUAUAUAAUACAAUUGUCUGGGAGAUUGUGGUUUCUGUUGCAAGACUUUAUGAUAUAAUGUUCGGAGUAAUUGUAAUGGCACCCGUGGCUUUAUUAUCAUGGGCUCCCGGGUUUCAGUCAAUGCAGACGAGGAUUCUAUUCAACGAAGCAUUCAGUAGAGGUCUUCAAAUAUUCCAGAUUGUCACAGGCAAGAAAUCGAAAAUCGAUCUGUGAAAAGCUGACAAGGAUUCUAUUCAAUGAAAGGUCUUAAGAUAUUCCAGAUUGUCACGGGCAAGAGAAAUGGAAGGUGGUAA